AUGUACGUUCACGCGAUUGAUAACAAGGUCUCAUUUCAUUGUAAAGGAGGAAUGCUGGCUGCUCUUUGGCUUCCAUUGGCUCUCGUAGCCUCGGUUCAAGCUUCCAGUGUACUUCUCCUUCCAUGUACCCACGAUGAAGUGAGGAAAUACUCUGGCAGCUCAGAAGUGUUCUUUUCAGAAUGGUCCGAUGACAAGGACACAGUUCACCGAUUGGCCAAAGUAUUUCGUCUUCGAACGGCCUUUGAAACAUGGCGAUUAUAUUCUCUUCUCCUUCGUUUUCCGCGUCGAUCGUCCGGCCGAGUUCGUGGUUGUUUUUUUUUUUUGAGUUUCAAAGAGAAGGCUGCAGCACGUCGAUCGACUUCCGCAUGUACGACAAAACAGUUCCAUUAGAGGAUAACCUCAUCACGCUGCAUUUGCGCUUCAACGCGUUGGAGAAACGUCUCAUCGUCAACGCCCAUGAAGUUCGUGGCCUUGGCAGUCAGGGAAAAACGACCGGUUUCAGACUCCGGGAGUCUGGCAGAACCAGGAGCAGUCAAUCGCUUAUCGGGACUGGUGGCUGCCUGGCAGAACGGUUAAAGUUGAAGUCCGGUUGGUAUCAAAUUCAAUAUAACGGAAUGAGGUUGUAUCUAAAGUUCGAACGGUCUCUUUCUGAAAACAAAAGAGACCUCUCAGGACGGAUCUUCUGUGGUUUUAGUUUCUUUAUCAUGAUUUGUCAACCAAAAACUAAUCAUUUAAAAAUUUCCAGCUACCACAGUGAUAUGUUCGAAAUCUACGAAAGGACGGUCGAGGGAUACUUGCUGAUCACAAACUUUCGAAACCUGCACAAAAAGACAGAACUCCUAACCGGCACCGGCAGGCUUCUUCAGAUCUACGAAUUCCAGUUGAUUUGCUACGGCGACGAUAUCAAGUUCUAG